AUGCCCUUAAAAUCUCUCACUCCGCAGCCUUCCUAUCCGCUUCCCCCACCUCAGCUUCCCCACUCCGUUUCCCUCACCUCUGCACCUCCAUCUAAGUUUCCCUCACCUCUGCUACCUCCAUCUAAGUUUCCCUCACCUCACCCUCUCACUCACGCUUUUUCCUCUCCUCCUUUUUUUCUCUUUCAUUUUUCUAUCUCUUCUUUUCAGAUGUUUAUCCAUUCCUACCUCAGCAGAACACUGUUGCUCGAAUUGACUGCGACGUCGAAGAACAGCAUUGUAUCGUUUCUGUCUUCUUCAUUGUUACUGUCUAAGACUUUGAGAUAUUUUACUACUUCUAUACAACAACAACGUGUUGCUGCACCAAGAAGCUCCAUAACGACAAUUGUACAAAAACAAGGGUCACUUCGAUCAUUCAUGGCGGGCAAUUUAGAUGGUCGUGUUAAUUCUAUGCGUUGGCCAAAUGCUAUUCUCUUCGGUGAUUCAAUUACACAGUAUGGUUUUAGUCAUGAUGGUUGCUGGGUGGCUCUUAUUGCUGAUUUUCUACAAAGAAAGUGUGAUGUCUUCAAUCGUGGGUUCUCUGGGUACAAUAGUCGGUGGUGCAAAAAGAUUUUGUCCAGCAUUUUGUCCUCUGAAGAUCUCAAAGACACAGUAUUUGUUACUAUCUUUCUUGGAGCCAAUGAUUGUGCAGACAAAGAUAUCAAUCCUCAUCAACAUGUUCCAGUAGAUGAAUAUAAAACCAAUAUGUGUGCUAUUGUUAAAGAAUUUGAGCAUUUGGGCAUACCUGCUGAAAAGAUAAUUUUAAUAAGUCCUCCUGUUGUUGAUGAGGAUACCUGGGCUAAGGAAUGUAAAACAAAAGGAAGACCACUGUCCAAUUUCAACAAAAAUACAUCUCUGUAUGCUAAAGCAUGUGUGGAAGCUGCACAGCAGACUGGUACACAUUGUAUUGAUCUCUAUACAGAAAUGUUGAAGCAUGAUGAUUGGAAAAGCAUGUUAAAUGAUGGUCUUCAUCUUUCCAACAAAGGUUCCCAUUUUCUGUUUUCACUACUGCGGCCUAUAGUGGGCAAGCACACCAGUCAUUUGCCAUUCAAGCUUCCAUACUGGGGUGAUGUUGAUCCUGAGAAUCUAAAUUCGUUGCUUGAUUAA